AUGGAAGUAGGAUCUCAGCUGUCUGUGGUGAGGAGCAGAAGAGUGGUGUUGGAUUCGGGAAUCUGCCCAGCUGAUAUCAUCAUAGCAGGGGGCAAGAUUGUAGGCAUUCAACCUGAGGGUAUCACAGCACCACGGACACUGAAUCAACAGAUUCUGGAUGUUGGAGACCUUGUGGUAAUGCCUGGUAUUGUGGACAGUCACGUCCAUGUCAAUGAACCAGGACGCACUGACUGGGAAGGCUAUUGGACAGCGACGAGGGCAGCAGCAGCAGGUGGAAUAACAACUAUUGUCGACAUGCCCCUGAACAGUAUUCCACCGACAACUACAUUGGAAAACUUCCAAACUAAACUGCAGGCCGCCAGAGACAAGUGUUUUGUUGAUACUGCAUUUUGGGGAGGCGUUAUCCCAGGCAACCAGUCUGCACUGCGGCCCAUGAUUGAGGCUGGAGUCCCAGGUUUCAAGUGCUUCCUCAUUCACAGUGGAGUGGAUGAAUUCCCUCAUGUUACUGAGACAGAUCUGCGGCCAGCCCUGGCUCAACUGCAGGGUACAGGUCGGGUGUUACUGUUCCACGCAGAGAGAGAACUGGAACAUGUGACCCCUUUACUAAACAACCCCUGUGAUUACACAACAUUCCUGGUGACCCGACCUGAUGAGAUGGAGGUAGAAGCCGUUCAAGCUGUUAUUAAACUUUGUGUCCAGCACAGAGUUCGCUGUCACAUUGUCCAUCUUUCCACUGCGGAAGCUUUACCCAUCAUAAAUGAAGCCCGUAAAGCAGGGGCUAUGCUGACAGUCGAGACCACUCACCAUUACCUCUCACUGGCUGCUGAAGAUAUACCAGAUGGUGCCACACAGUAUAAGUGCUGCCCUCCGAUUAGGACAAGAAACAAUCAGGAACAGCUGUGGUCUGCACUGAAAGCUGGAAAGAUAGACAUGGUGGUCUCUGAUCAUUCUCCAUGCACUGCGGACCUCAAACUGCUACAAUCUGGAGACUUCCUUAAGGCAUGGGGAGGGAUUUCUUCUCUGCAAUUUGGUCUUCCUCUGUUCUGGACCUCUGCCCGACAGCGAGGAUUCACUCUACAGGACACAGUGAACCUGAUGUGUAAAAACACAGCCAAGUUAUGUGGUAUUGAGAACAGGAAAGGGUCUCUCGUUCCUGGUAAGGAUGCUGAUCUUGUGAUAUGGAAUCCUGAUGUAGAGUUUGAGGUGAGAGAGACCUUAAUUCAUCACAAAAAUAAAUUGACACCAUAUCUUGGAUGCAGACUGCAAGGAAAGGUUUUUGCUACUAUUGUUCGUGGAAAGAUAGUUUACCUACAAGGAAAAUUCUCCGACAAACCCCUAGGAAAACACAUCCUGGUUGAUAUGGCUCAGUUAUAA